AUGGACACCAAGCGCUGCUUCGCCAACCGCUUCGAUGACUACCAAGGCAGCCUGCUGGCGGGCCAGUGUGAAGAGGCAGUGGCGCCCUUGGUCACCGCCACCAUCGAGCGCAUCCUGCAGGAGCUGCCCCCACUCGGGGGCGGCGCCGAGCCCCGGGGAGCGGCGGCCGGGGGCAGCGGCUGCCAGGGUGGUCUGUACGGUGGUGUGGCCGGGGUGGCCUACAUGCUCUACCACGUCUCACAGAGCCCGCUCUUCGCCUCGGCCCGGGAGCGCUACCUGCGCUCGGCCAAGCGCCUCAUCGACGCGUGCGCCCGCGCUGAAGAGUGGGGCGAGCCGGACGCCGACACCCGUGCCGCCUUCCUGCUCGGGGGCGCGGGUGUGUACGCUGUGGCCACGCUCGUGUACCACGCCCUGGGCCGGUCAGACUUUGUGCAGCCUCUGGGCAAGUUCCGGGCUCUGUCCGCCGUCUGCGUGCCGAUUUCCUUCCUAGAGUGCGGCUCCGACGAGCUGUUCGUGGGCCGCGCUGGCUACCUGUGCGCAGCGCUGGUGCUCAAGCAGAAACUCGCCCAGGAGUCUCUCAUUUAUUGGGAGUCCACGUCUUUGAGCUGUGUUUUACGCGUCUCCCCAGAUGCCUCUUUGCCCGAUAGCUUUCUGGAGGCUGACUGCAUGGCCCUUUCAACCAACAUCGGUUACAGCGAACGCUCGGCUCGCAGGGUCUCAGCCGGCGCCCGGUGCCCGCCGCCCGGGUGA